AUGACGAUGACCGACAUUGAUCAUAAACUCUGGAUCGUUGCUUUGGCCUCUAAAUGCACACAAGAAAACCUUGCAUGGUCUCUUAUGAUCAUGGCCUUACUCUGGUUAACCAUGACUUUCUUUUACUGGUCUCACCCAGGUGGUCCUGCCUGGGGCAAGUACUACAGCUAUUACUACUAUUCCACCUUGAGAAAAUUCCCAUCACUUCCUUCACUAGCUACUGCUGCUAGUACUAGUACUAGUAGUAGUACCUCUGGCUCUGUCUUAGAGCAAAACAACGCAAACACUAUGAUUCCUGGUCCCAAAGGGUGGCCUUUGAUUGGAAGCAUGACUCUCAUGACUUGUCUUGCCCACCACCGUAUUGGGACAGCCGCAAUCGCAUGCAGAGGAAAGAGGCUCAUGGCCUUUAGCCUCGGCGAAACCCGUGCCAUCGUCACGUGCCACCCUGACGUUGCUAAGGAGAUUCUCAACAGCUCCGUCUUCGCUGAUCGCCCCGUCAAAGAAUCUGCAUACAGCCUCAUGUUCAACAGAGCAAUCGGGUUUGCCCCUUACGGUGUUUACUGGCGAACCCUCAGGCGAAUCGCCGCCACUCACCUCUUCUGCCCAAGGCAAAUCAAAGCCUCCGAGUUGCAGCGGUCUAUAAUCGCCGCCCAAAUGGUUGACAUGUUUAAAAACAACAGUCAACAGAGCUCACGUGUUCGGGAAGUGCUCAAGAAAGGGUCGCUGAAUAACAUGAUGUGCUCGGUGUUUGGACAGCAGUAUAAGCUGCACCAGUCAAACAGUGAAAUAGAAGAGCUUAGAGGUUUAGUGGAUGAAGGGUAUGACUUGUUGGGUUUAUUUAAUUGGGGUGACCAUCUUCCUUGGCUUGCGCAUUUCGAUGCUCAAAAAAUCCGGUUCAGGUGCUCCAAUCUCGUCCCCAAGGUGAACCGGUUCGUCACUAGAAUAAUUGCCCAACACCGAACCCAUAAAACCCAAACCAACCAGGAUUUCGUUGACGUCUUGCUCUCCCUCCAAGGACCCGAUCAAUUAUCCGACUCCGAUAUGAUCGCCGUACUUUGGGAAAUGAUAUUUAGGGGGACAGACACAGUGGCAGUUUUGAUCGAGUGGAUACUAGCGAGGAUGGUGCUUCAUCCUGAUGUGCAGUCCAAGGUUCAAGCGGAGCUCGAUGCGGUUGUUGGGAGGUCACGCGCCGUCGCGGAGGAUGACGUGGCGGCGAUGGUAUACCUUCCGGCGGUGGUGAAGGAAGUGUUGAGGUUGCACCCUCCUGGCCCACUUCUGUCGUGGGCCCGCUUGUCCAUCAGCGAUACGACCAUUGAUGGGUAUCACGUGCCUGCCGGGACCACUGCUAUGGUGAACAUGUGGGCUAUUUGCAGGGACCCACAUGUGUGGAGGGACCCGCUCGAAUUUAUGCCAGAGAGGUUCCUCGCUGCAGAAGGAGGAGAUACCGAGUUCUCAGUUUUCGGGUCGGAUCUCAGGCUGGCUCCGUUUGGGUCGGGUAGGAGGGUAUGCCCCGGGAAGAUGCUGGGGUUGGUUACAGUGAGCUUUUGGGUGGCGUCGCUUUUACACGAGUAUGAAUGGCUACCGUCUGAUGAGAACGAAGUUGAUCUAUCAGAGGUCCUGAGGCUCUCUUGCGAAAUGGCUAACCCUCUCACCGUUAAAGUGCGCCCUAGGCGUGGGUUAUAA